GGCGGUUUGGACAGACGACACCACCAUUGGUCGAGUUUUUGAAAGAUAUUCUAAGAAGGUAUCCUGAAGGUGGACAGAUUCUGAAAGAGCUGAUACAGAAUGCUGAGGAUGCUGGAGCCACAGAGGUUAAGUUUUUGUACGAUGAGACAGAGUAUGGAGUGGAGUCACUUUGGUCACAUGACAUGGCUCAGUAUCAAGGAACGGCCUUGUAUGUGUACAAUGAUGCGGUGUUCACGACUGAAGAUUGGAAUGGAAUUCAGGAGAUAGCAAGGAGCAGAAAGAGAGAGGAUCCUUUGAAAGUUGGAAGAUUUGGUAUUGGGUUCAACUCUGUGUACCACAUAACAGAUGUCCCCAGUAUAUUUAGUGGGGAACAGAUUGGCAUGCUGGACCCUCACCAGACGCUGUUUGGUGCCCAUGAGUCUGGGCAGUGUUGGAACCUGAAGACAGAUAUGAAGGAGAUCACAGAGCUCACCGACCAGUUUGCGCCCUUCAUCGGCUUAUUUGGAAACUCCGGUAAACCCAUCGAGGACGGCAGUUUUUCUGGAACUAUGUUCCGCUUCCCCCUCCGCAUUAAGCCCUCCCAGCUGAGCGCCAACAUCUACAACAAAGAGAAGGUGCUGGAGCUUUUCGAGUCUUUCAAAGCCGACGCUGACACGGUGCUUCUCUUCCUCAAGAACGUUCAGAAGGUCUCCCUGCAUGUGCGUGAGUCAGACGGUACAGAACGCAUGCUUUUCCAGGUGACAGCAGGAGAGAACCCAGAAGACAAGCUAGAGCGUCCUAACUCUCUAAAGACUCUGGGACUGGCCACAGACAGCUACAGCAAUGGAGUGCCCAGCAGUACUGUCAUGUGUGCCACCUACCAGGUCAACAUUGAGACCCAGGACGAGACAGCCAAGGAGAUCCAGAGGACCACCUGGCUUGUGUGUAAUGGAGUGGGGGGCCGGGGCUUGUGCAGUGACCUGGACUCCCUGGCAGAUGACCUGAAGUUCAUCCCCACCAUCGGCAUCGCCCUGCCUCUCACCCGCAUCGACGAGGACAAGGGGGCCACGUCUUGUUUCUCGGGGCGAGCCUUCUGCUUCCUGCCUCUCCCCCCUGGAGAGGAGAGCCUGACGGGGCUGCCGGUCCAUGUCAGUGGCUUCUUUGGCCUCACAGACAAUCGCAGAAGCAUCAAAUGGCGGGAGGUGGACCAGUGGAGGGACCCUGCAGCGCUCUGGAACGAACUCCUCAUCGUCACCAUCAUCCCCAGGGCCUACUUCACACUCAUCAUGGAGGCCAUCAAGAGGAUCCAAACCAAGAAGGACCAAGACUUCCCCCUCUCCCCCAGAGGUGCAUAUGGGGCCUGGCCAGACCCCAACCAUAUCAAGCCUCGCUGGAAGCCCAUACUGGAGCCUCUGUUUCAUGACUUGCUACAGCAGCAGGUCGUCUACUCUCUCACUAACAGCUGGAUCCAGGUGGACGAGGCUGUGUUUUCGGAGCUGGACACGGAUGUGCACAUCACAGAGAUGGUUAUCAGCUACCUCCAAAGCUCAGGGAUGCAGGUGGCCAGGGUGCCUGCCGCUGUAGACACGGUCCUGGACACGUACAUAACAGGGCCUGCCUCUGUGAAGAAGGUGACCCCUCAUCUGGUGCGGCAGGUGAUCAGGAAGGCCAAACAUAAAGGGACCUCUCAGGAGAAGCUGCUUCUGCUGGAGUUUGUCCUCAGCGACAAAGGUUACAGCGACCUCAUUGGACUAGAGCUGCUGCCUUUGCAAGAUGAGACAUUUGCAGCGUUCUCCUCCUCUGUCAGUGAUAAGGAUGCAGUUUACAUUGCUUCAGAAGAAUACCCCAGGUCUCUUUACCCUGGACUAGAGGGACGAUUCAUACUGGAGGGCAUUAAACCAUCAGUUAUGAGCAGCCUGAAGGAUGCAGCCAAAAGCAGAGGUAAACCCCCCACUCACAUGUCUGGGGUGUGUCAGUCAUCGGAGGAGCCACCUUAA